CAAAACCAAUGAAUUAUUGAACAGAUUGGAGUUGGGUUUGCCAAAGAGUGAUUCCUGUCAGAUUGCUAAUCGUGGCCCAGAAUCUACAGCAUGGACUAGGAGCCACACUUAUAAGCAAGCUCUUCGAGAGGAUGAAAACAGAAAAUUAGAGGAAAUUAAGCGAGAACAACGGAGGAAGGCUGAAUUAAUGGAUUUUAAACAGAAGGAGGAAGAGGAAGCCAGGACAAGAGCCCAUCAAAACGAACAAAGGAGGGUGAAUAAUGCUUUCCUGGACCGACUCCAGAACAAAACACAACCUAAUAACCUCUACCAAUCUGGAUCUUCGGGGAGUCUGGACUACUUCAGUAAGAGUGCCUGGGAGUCAGACUACUUGGAAUAA